UGGUGUGACGCUCGGUUGCAUCAGCGGCAAUAGUUGAUCGCAACAGACCGGUUCUGCUCGCUGUUGUCGGUACAAACGGCGUGUCGGUCUGACUUUAGAGCAGAAUCGCGGAGGGUGAAAUGAAGCUGUUUAUCGGUGAGGGAAACCCGCACUGCCUGAAGGUGCUGGCGGCGCUGGAGCUCAGCGGAGUCCAGUGUGAAACUGAGCUGGUGAAACACGAGGAGAAGGUGGUCCCGUAUCUCACACACCCCGUGUUGCCCGUCCUGCUGUUACCCAGCGGUCAGCAUCUCUUCAGCCCCAACAGCAUCUGCCAAUACCUGUUUGACGUCAGCGGUCAGAAGGCAACAGACGCGACAAACCAGUGGCUGGAAUGGGAAUCUACAAAUUUACAGCCUGCAGUGCUGCAGUCUCUCCAGCUGGUGGCGCUUCAGGGAAAGCGUGUCGAAGCUGCUGCUGUGAUGAAGGAGCCUCUGAGCUGGCUGGAGCAGAGUCUAAGCAAGAGAAAGACAUCAUUCCUUACUGACGAGGUGGUGUCAGUUGCAGAUGUGGUCCUCUGGGCGGCGCUGUAUCCUCUGCUGUCAGACAGUGCAUUUGAACCCGGUGAUCUGCAGGUGGUGUGCGCCUGGUUUGAGCGAGUGUGUUCUGUCUCUGCAUGUCAGUCUGCAGCUCUCAGCGUCCUGCAGGGUAAAGGAGUCGAGGCCUUGAAGAGUUUUCUGCAGAAACAGCCUGUCACACACGCACACCGCAGAGACAGUCCCAGCAACAACACUGAGGCUGAGGACAGUGAACGUGAGCUCUCUCCGGAGGAGAUUGAAGAAGCUGCGCAGGUUUAUUCUGAAGGACUCAAAGAUUUUACUGUCGUCACAGAGAGGAAACACCCAGUUCUCCCUCAGGAAGGAAAGAGAAACGUGUUGAUCACCAGUGCUCUCCCGUACGUCAACAAUGUGCCGCAUCUGGGAAACAUCAUCGGCUGCGUCCUCAGCGCUGACGUUUUCGCCAGGUAUGGGCGUCUGCGGGGCUGGAAUCUGCUGUACAUCUGCGGGACGGAUGAAUACGGCACGGCCACCGAGAAUAAAGCCCGAGAAGAGGGUCUGACGCCGCAGCAGAUCUGCGAUAAAUAUCACUGCAUCCACGCCUCCAUCUACCAGUGGUUCCAGAUCGACUUCGACUUCUUCGGCCGCACCACCACACAGCACCAGACAGAAAUCGCUCAGGAUAUUUUCUGGCGUCUGCACGAGCGUGGUUUCCUCCUGGAGGAUACGGUGGAGCAGUUGCGGUGUGAAGGCUGCCAGCGCUUUCUGGCCGACCGCUUCGUGGAGGGCGAGUGUCCACACUGCCGUUACCCAGAAGCCCGUGGGGACCAGUGCGAUAAAUGCGGACGCCUGAUCAACGCUGUGGAGCUGAAGAAUCCUCAGUGUAAGGUGUGUAAGGAGACGCCGGUGAUUCGCUCCUCCAAACACCUGUUCCUGAACCUGCCAAAGCUGGAGCAGGAUCUGGAGCAGUGGCUGCAGACGUCAACUGCUGCUGGAGACUGGACCACUAACGCUCGUAACAUCACUCGCUCCUGGCUGCGGGACGGUCUGAAGCCGCGCUGCAUCACACGCGACCUGCAGUGGGGGACGCCGGUGCCGCACCAAGACUAUAAGGAGAAGGUGUUCUAUGUGUGGUUCGACGCUCCUAUUGGCUACCUGUCCAUCACUGCCAACUACACCGACCAAUGGGAGAGAUGGUGGAAGAACCCGCAGCAGGUGGAGCUCUAUAACUUCAUGGCGAAGGACAACGUUCCCUUCCACAGUGUAGUUUUCCCUUGUUCACUUCUCGGGGCUCAAGACAACUACACACUGGUCAAUAACCUCAUCGCCACCGAAUACCUGAAUUAUGAGGACACCAAGUUCUCCAAGAGUCGUGGUGUCGGUGUGUUUGGUGACAUGGCGAAAGACACCGGGAUCCCCUCAGACGUGUGGCGCUUUUACCUGCUGUACCUCCGUCCCGAAGGCCAGGAUUCAGCUUUCUCCUGGACUGACAUGGCCCUGAAAAACAACUCCGAGCUCCUCAACAACCUGGGGAACUUCAUCAACAGGGCUGGGAUGUUUGUGAGCAAGUUUUUUGACGGUCGUGUACCUGAGAUGCUCCUGAAUGAUGACGAUAAGCGGCUCAUCGCUCAGGUCUGCUGGGAGCUCAAGCAGUACAUCCAGCUGCUGGACAAAGUCAGGAUUCGAGACGCGCUGAAGUGCAUCCUCAACAUGUCUCGUCACGGUAAUCAGUACAUCCAGCUGAACGAGCCCUGGAAGAAGAUUAAAGGAGGAGACGAGGACCGGUGUCGUGCGGGGACUGUGACAGGUGUGUCAGUGAAUGUGGCGUGUCUGCUGGCUGCUGUGCUGGAGCCCUUCAUGCCCACAGUGAGUCUCAACAUCCGCUCUCAGCUCCAGGCUCCAGAGUCCAGCAGCAGAGCCAUGCUGAGCGGCCCCGGGGCCUUCAUCUGCACGCUGCCCGCUGGACACUGCAUCGGCACGGUCAGUCCCCUGUUCCAAAAGCUGGAGAACGAGCAGAUCGAGGCUCUGAGGAAGAGAUUCGGAGGACUGCAGCCAGAAGAGGAGAGCGCAGAACUGAAGACUCCGAGUAACAGCAGCGUUACAGUCGAGAGCAAACCCAACGCUGGAGCUGCACAACACACACCUGCCAGUGGAAAUGCAGAUCCAGAGAGAGCCAAACAACUCACAGCUUUAGUGGCAGAACAAGGUGAAAAAGUUCGAGCUCUGAAAGCACAAAAAGCUGAAAAAUCUGCUAUCGGAGUAGAAGUGGCCAAAUUAUUAGAUCUGAAAACCCAACUUUGUCUUGCGGAGGGCAAGACCCCGGAGCCGCCCGCGCAGAAAACCAAGAAGAAAUGAGGUGAACGUGAGGAUGGAAAUAAAUCUUUGGAAAUAUUUUCUGGGAAAAAUGCACUAUUUAUCCACUCCUAUAAAUAUUAAACCAAUGCAACCAGUCCUUUUUAAAUCAGCCGUUUUUAGCCAGCAAUCAAAUCAAUGUUUACCCAGUUUCAUAUUUCUGCUUUGUUACUCUGACACAAAUUAAUUUUACUCAAUAAACACAGAGACAAGAAAUAAACGUCACCAACACUC